AGCAACUUUCUCCCCGGAUCGGCCGCGGCGGCGGCUGCUGCCGUGGCAUCCGGAGCGAGAACCGGGAGGAGGAAGGCGGCGGCGAUUGCUCCUGCCUCGUCCCCCCGGGAAGCCCCGGGCCCCUGCUGCCCUAUGUCCCGCAAGGCGAGCGAGAAUGUGGAGUACACGCUGCGGAGUCUGAGCAGCCUCAAGGGCGAGCGGCGCAGGAAGCAGCAGGAGCCGGACGCGGCGAUCGCGGCCGGGGAGCGCAGCCUCCUGGCGGCCGCGGAGUCGAGCAGCAGCCUGCAGAGCGCGGGCGCGGGCAGUGGCGGCGGCGUCGGGGACCUGGAGCGCGCGGCUCGGCAGCAGUUCCAGCAGGACGAGACCCCCGCCUUCGUGUACGUGGUGGCGGUCUUCUCCGCGCUGGGCGGCUUCCUGUUCGGCUAUGACACCGGGGUGGUGUCGGGGGCGAUGCUGCUGCUCAAGCGGCAGCUCAGCCUGGACGCGUUGUGGCAGGAGCUGCUGGUGUCCAGCACGGUGGGGGCGGCUGCCGUCUCGGCGCUGGCUGGCGGGGCCCUCAACGGCGUCUUCGGCCGCCGCGCCGCCAUCCUGCUGGCCAGUGCCCUCUUCACCGCCGGCUCCGCGGUGCUGGCCGCGGCGAACAACAAGGAGACCCUGCUCGCGGGACGCCUGGUCGUAGGGCUUGGCAUCGGCAUUGCUUCUAUGACAGUGCCAGUGUACAUCGCCGAGGUCUCACCACCCAAUUUAAGAGGUCGAUUGGUCACCAUUAAUACCCUCUUCAUCACGGGAGGACAGUUCUUUGCAAGUGUUGUUGAUGGAGCCUUCAGUUAUCUCCAGAAGGAUGGAUGGAGGUACAUGUUGGGACUUGCAGCAAUUCCAGCAGUUAUACAGUUUUUUGGCUUUCUUUUUUUACCUGAAAGCCCUCGAUGGCUUAUUCAGAAAGGACAGACUCAGAAGGCCCGUAGAAUUUUAUCUCAGAUGCGUGGUAACCAGACCAUUGAUGAAGAAUAUGAUAGCAUCAGAAACAACAUUGAAGAAGAGGAAAAAGAGGUUGGCUCAGCUGGACCUGUGAUCUGCAGAAUGCUGAGUUAUCCCCCAACUCGCCGAGCUUUAAUUGUGGGUUGUGGCCUACAAAUGUUCCAACAGCUCUCAGGCAUUAACACCGUCAUGUACUACAGUGCAACCAUUCUGCAGAUGUCUGGUGUUGAAGAUGAUAGACUUGCAAUAUGGCUGGCUUCAGUUACAGCCUUCACAAAUUUCAUUUUCACACUUGUGGGAGUCUGGCUUGUUGAGAAAGUGGGCCGCAGAAAGCUUACCUUCGGUAGUUUAGCAGGUACCACCCUAGCACUCAUUAUUCUUGCUUUGGGAUUUCUGCUCUCAGCCCAGGUGUCCCCACGCAUCACUUUUAAACCAGUAGCUCCAUCAGGUCAAAACGCUACCUGCACAAGAUACAGUUACUGUAAUGAGUGUAUGUUGGAUCCAGAAUGUGGUUUCUGCUACAAGAUGAACAAAUCAACCAUCAUCGACUCCUCCUGUGUCCCAGUUAAUAAAGCAUCUACAAAUGAGGCAGCCUGGGGCAGGUGUGACAAUGAAACCAAAUUCAAAGCAGAAGAAGUAUUUUGGGCUUACAAUUUCUGCCCUACUCCAUACUCCUGGACUGCACUUCUGGGCCUUAUUUUAUAUCUCGUUUUCUUCGCACCUGGAAUGGGACCAAUGCCUUGGACUGAUUCUGAAAUAUAUCCUCUUUGGGCAAGAAGUACAGGAAAUGCAUGUUCAUCUGGAAUAAACUGGAUUUUCAACGCUGUUUCCCUGACAUUUUUACACACAGCAGAGUAUCUGACAUACUAUGGAGCCUUCUUCCUCUAUGCUGGAUUCGCUGCAGUGGGACUCAUUUUUAUCUAUGGCUGUCUUCCUGAGACCAAAGGGAAAAAAUUAGAGGAAAUUGAAUCACUCUUUGACAACAGGCUAUGUACAUGUGGGGCUUCCGAUUCUGAUGAAGGGAGAUAUAUUGAAUAUAUUCGGGUGAAGGGAAGUAACUAUCAUCUUUCUGACAACGAUGCUUCUGAUGUGGAAUAAUUUUCAACUGCUGAUAUAUUUAGUUAUUUAAACAAACUUGAGGGGGAAAGACCAGCAAUUGGUGACCUCACUGCCCUGCUUCUAAUCUGGUUCUUCCCACAGUCUAGUUUUGAAUGAGUUCAUAUUCUAGAAUAUUUGAUUAGGAGGAAGAUACAACCGUGGUGACAUUUUUUUCGUAAGCAGAAAUAUAAAAAACAAAGUACCAAUAUUUACAGAGAUUUUAAACUAAUAAUUAUUGAACAAAUGUGUGUAAUUCCUCCCUGAGAUAGUCUAAAGUGAAUAUUGUAUCCAGUGACUUUCCGUGGUAUCCUUUUUUCCUAAGACCAUAUAUUAUUAUUAGUGGCAAGUGAGUCAGUGCUAACCUAACAGAAUCAUAUAUGAAUGAUAUACUUAUAAAGAAUGAUUCUGGGAUAUGGUCCAAGGGUGUUUUCUGUCAAAACAUGGUCUGUGGGCCCUAAUUUUUCUAUGGACAAGUAUCUUACCUGUGAUCUUACCUGCUAUUAGAAAGUAAAUUCCAUUAAGCUUUCAUCAACAGAUUCAAAGUGCCUCCCACAAGGGCACAGCUGUCCUUACCUCCUUUGGAUUCCACAUUUUGGUUUCUCUCUCCAAUUCAGAUCUUGAGAGCUCUUCAGAAACUGACUGCACAGGAUCUUUUGAACAUUAUGAAAAGCAGGUCUUUUUAGGUAUAUUUUCAUACAUAUUUUUUGCAUCAGUGAUAAGUGUACAUUUGCACAGAUAAGCUAGCAAGUUUUGAUAAGUAUAUUUUAUUGCUAAAGAGAAAGAAAAGAUUUUUAUGGAUCCUUAAUUGAGUUAGUCACUUAGGUAUGCAACUAUAAAUACAGAUAGCACUAGAUCUUCAACUGCAUUUCAGGGUCAGUUUUUGUUCGUGCCCAAAUCACCGGAUAUUCACCAUGCCUUCACUCAUCAACUCUGGAGUCCUCCUAUUUGUGCCUUCAUUUGUGUUAUAGAACUAUUUUCCCCUUCUUUUAUUCAAAUAAUUUCUGGAACAAAGAAGAAAGGAGGGAAGAAUAUCAGUGACAAAUAAUCCUGCUGUUAUUGAAGUUUGUUUAAUUAAAUAGUGGGACUUAUUUUUAACUUAUUUUAACUUUUUAUUAACCCUAAGGGAACUGUCACAUUUUACUUAACAGUACUUGUCUGUUUUUACUCAGAGCACAAACUAGUUUUUAUUUUGCACACCCUUUCUCAUUUUCCCUGAUAGUUUACCUCCCUACCCUCACCUCCAAAAUAUACAUAGAUUUAUUUGUCUGUGGCCAUUUCCUUUUUCUCAUGCUUGUCCUGGACUUUUUUUUUUUUCCUUCUUGUCUAAAAAUUGGGAUUUUCUAUUGGAACAGAUUAAUGGUUCUCACAUAGCACAUCUUUAAGAAAUGUUGACUUACUACAUUUAUACAAUGUCUUUUCAAAGUGUUCAUUGGUCUUUAUGUUCAUUCAUCAAUGAACUCUAUUUUUUGCUCUUAUAUUAAGACUUAACUAUAUAGUAUGUAUACAAUUACUCACAAAAUUACUUGCUAGUUCCAGUGAAAAUAUGAAUGACUCUUCUGUGGCCAGUUAGGAAUACAUAUGUUUGAUGCAUUUUAACAUGGCUUUAAACAUCUAAUAAGGUACUCUUUGGAGUGAAGAGGUGGCUUUCUAAAUUUGAUGUGUUUCUGCCAGUCUCGAGAUGUUUUUUUUUUUUCCUUUUCUUAAAGUCUGGCUUGUUCCUAUUUAAUGUCAAAGCUGAGAAUGUAGCCAAAGAGGUUCAUUCUCUAAGCCACCAAGGGCAUGAUAUGUGCAUUAAUGGUCGCUUUACAGCCCUAAAAAACGUUCUCCCUUUGAUCAUUGCAUAUAAUUAAAAAAAUUAUUUUAAAGAGUUUUCCUUAGGUGCUUCAACAAUUGAUUUCUAAGGGGAUAUUAAUUUGCCUCAUAAAAGCAUUGGUAUUUUUUAUCCCAUAAAAAAGUUCUUAUCUGUGUAACAUUUCACAUGGGUAAAGUGAAGUGCAAAAUGAGCUGUUGUGUGUUAAAAUAAGAAUAUUUGGGAGAAGACAAGGUAUUUAGACCAAUAAAGUACUCUCUUUUAAGAAUUUUUCUGAUUUAUCCAAAUAAUGGCCUCAACUCUUCUCUUUAUUAUAUACAUAGCCUUAACUCAGCUGGGCUGAAUGUACAGUAACUUUGUUAAAGGAGCAACUCGACUCUCAUUAUUUUGUAAAACAGAACAUGGCUUAUUCUCUCUGACAUAAGCAAACGUUUUCCACUUUACAUCCAUAAAUGCACAUAACAGGGAAAAUCAGCCACAGUUCUCCUGCUUGUUCUCCUCAACCCCUUCUUUAAAGGACUCUUUGGUAUUUAUAUACUGAUAAAUAUUCCAUAUCUUUGAAGUACAGAAGAGAGAGGCACAGUAUAAGAAUUAUUUAUAAUUUUUUAAAAACAAAUAAUUAUUUGAAAAGGGACCUUAUACAGUUAGGGUAUUAUUUUUAGAUUUGGUGAACAUUUAUAGUGCAUUAAAAAUUUAAUGUUUGAACUUUGCAGGGUUUUUUUUAUUUUAUAUUAUGCACCUUUUAAGUUCUCAGCAUCUUUGGCUACUAGCCCCUAUCAACUUGAAAACAUUCCAUUUGAAAUAUUAUCAAAUAUGUGUUUUGUAGGACAAUUUAUUUAUGGUAUGAUUUGACCUACCAUAUUAAAAUGCAUUAAGCAUCACGCUUUUAACUGGUAUUAUAGGUUUGCUUCUAAACGUGCUGCAAGUUCAAUAAAGAUAUAUUAGUUUUAGGAAAAUAUGGUGAAGAAAGUUGUAAACCCUACUGAGGCUUAAGAUGGCUGAUGAGAUCUGCAGUGGACUUAAGAGAAUUUAACAUUGUAUCUGAACACUUAGGUCUGAAUGUGAUGUCAGAUACAUUUUAAAGAUUUGAUAUUAAUAGUUUUCUUCACUAUAAACAUUCCUAAUAAUUUUGAUUGUUGCACCUUAGUCAAUAAUUACUUAACACAUGAUUUUAAUAUAUAUGUAAAGAUCUAAAUUAAAGCUAGAUUUAAAAGGUACUAUUCCGUUCGAAAUUUUGUUCCCAAUCAUAUUCAGUAGUUUUCUGAUGGAAAAUGUUUUGAGAGUAAUGCUGUCAAGUGCUUUCUCAUAACUUAUUUUACCACUGAACCAGAUUUUAGUAUAUUAAUCUAAAUAUUAUUUUUUAAGUUAUUCACACUAACAUGAGAAAUCUGUUAGCAAAGAACUGAGAAAUUGUUUACUAUAAUUCCAAAAUCAGUUAAUCAGAGGAAGACUGAACAGGAAAAAUGUAAGUUGACAACUCACACUUUUACUUUUUCAUCAGAAAGUAAAAUUGAAGUGCAUUAUAAUCAUAGAUCUGGAGGAAGUUAUUCUCGGAAAUACUAUCCGUAUAUUAUCUAAGGAAAAUCUCACAAAUUAAUGACACUAAUAGUUUAUAAAUAUUGUAAUCCAGGGAGGGGACGGAGAGGAUUGUUUCAUUUCAUCGUCACAGUAAAGACAAUAAAAUUAAAGAGAUAUUUUGUUAUAAUCAAUUUUUUUUACCAUUCUCCUACAUAUAAAAUCUCAAAUUACACUAAGCACCUAACAACUGGCAUUUAUACAAUUGUUGUGACAAGUUUUCAAUUACCAAAUUCAGACCUUUUCACUAACAACGAAUAAAAGACUGACACCAGGUGAGGAAAGGAGAAUUCAUGAUAUGUGCUAUAUAGCAAAACAUAUUAAAUAGUGUAUAAAAUUUACUGCUCAUGUGUAACUGCUGCCUAUAAAAAGACUCAGAAUUGUUCUCUGGAUAAACUUUAACAUCCUGUUUUCUGUCACUUUCUAUCAAUUUUCUUAGCCUCAUGUAAUGUUAAACUAAUGAAGUGAUUCGGGUUGUAGCAGCGUAUCCAUUGUCAGUACAUUCAGUUCUGGGUGAGUGAUAUUGUGCUAUUUUCUAGAAAUAGCAAUCAUUUAAAAAUGCCAAACAGCUAACUGCUACCUGCUCUCUUGUAUAUUGUCUCUUAGAGAAGGACAUUUUUGUGUGUCAAUAGUCAUCAGAGAGAUAUUUCCUAAGAGUGUUAAUGAUGUUCAGAAGUACAUGAGAGAAUUUUAUCCUCAUAAUUUGCUUAUGAGUGGAAAACAAUAUAAUUCCCAUAAAUCUUAAUUUGUAUGUAUAAAAUUGUUUUACCUGAGUGAUUUGGUCUACAGAAUAUUAAAUACCUACCUGCAUUUAGCAGUAAUAUUCAGAUUUUUAUUUUAGAUAGUUAAGUUCAUGUGUUUGAUUUUUGUCAUAGCAAUAUAAAUGAGAAAAAGAAAUGAAAUGCAGCUUAUAAGUACUUGAAGGUAAAAACCAAUAUUUUGUAAAAUUUUAGUAAAUUUUAAUAUUCAAGUAUCAUUCCAUUUCACUGGAAGAUUAAAAAUGAUGAGACUUAACUCUAGCCAAAGUAGAAAAUUAUAUUCUACAUGUCCAAAUGGUUCCUAGCAGCUUUUGGACUAUAUCUCUCUUGAUAUUACAGUAUCUUUUAUUUAUAAUAAAUGUUCAAAUUUCUAUUUAGAAGUUCUAAUGUACACCUAGAUUAAAUCAAAAACAGUUUUAUGCUUUUAAAAUGUUUUCAAAAUAUAUAUUUUAAUUUCUGAGUGCAUGUUAUAUAGUGUUUAAUAUUUACAUCUCUUGGCAAAUCCAAUAUAAAUAUUUAUUCCUACAUGUGACAUAUGGGAUAUCUCUUCAAAAUUAUGAGUAUCUGUCACUUCUUUCAGUCAUUCUAGCCUAUAGCUGUAUCAAAAGUUAUUGUAUAUUUUAUGGAGAUUUAGUGAUGUAUAUGUAAAUGUUUUUAAGUUAUUUUAUUGAAGUUCAAUCUUUACAUAAAAUUAAAAUCUUUUUUUUAAAAGUGUCAGUGCCAGAACUGUAAAUGAAAAUAAUCAAAUAAAAGUCAAUUCAUUACUCAUU